AUGCAAACUGUAUUUGAUUUCUCUGGGACACUUUCCUCCACCUAUCUAUCCCUGGGAUUCUUUGUAGACUGUUCAUUAGGGAUGUUCCAUUGUCUGGGAUCAUCUCUUUGCAUCAUCGGUUCCAAGCGCUGCGAUGGUUAUGUCGAUUGCCCCGACCAGAGUGACGAGUUGAAUUGCACCAGGCCAUGUGGAAGCUAUGAGUACGAGUGCCUGGUUGAUGGGAAGUGCCUCAAUAGAUGUUAUCUAUGUGAUGGGAAUGUCGACUGUUCAGAUGGAAGUGAUGAAUCUGAACUCAUUUGCAAGUCAGCCUCAGAUUAUAGUUUAUGUCCUGUUCAAAGUGAGACAAAGAUGCUUUCAAGUGGUCGCACCCAUCUCUUCUUCCAUCAGGAGUAUGUAACCGGACCACUGUGCAAAGAGUGCAAGGAGGAUGCCUUCUACCUUCAUGCAAGCAAUCCAUAUGGAUGCAUUCCUUGCUUCUGCAUGGGAGUUACAAGACAGUGCUACUCCUCAUCAUGGUAUCGCAAUCAGGAAGUCUUGCAUUUCCUGACUGGUCGACAUGAUGGCAUGGCCCUUGUGGAUGAGCAAAAUACAAUCGAGAUUGUCAAUGCUCUUGAAGUGAAUGCUAGGACUCACGAACUCUAUUAUCGGCUAAAAGCUGUAGAAAGAUCUCGAACCCUGUACUGGAGAAUGCCACCUCAAUUCCUUGGGGACAAGGUCACCUCAUAUGGUGGAAAUUUGACUUAUGUAAUUCGUGUUGUUCCCAGUGGGGGUGAUAGGUCUGUGAGCAGUGCUGCAGCCAUCAUCAUAGAAGGGAACAAUAUCAGGCUGCAUCACUACUUUAGGGGUGUUAUAGCAAGCAACGUGCAACAAACAAUCGUGAUUCCUUUCUAUGAGAGUGCAUGGGAGAGAGAUGAUGGACAGCAGAUGAAUCGGGAGCAUCUCUUGAUGGCCCUUGCUGAUAUAUCUCAGUUUUUGAUCAAGGCCACCUACUAUACCUCUACUGAAGAGACAGGACUUGUAAGUGUGUCAAUGGAUGUUGCUGAAGAAAGGAACACUGGACAAAAGAGGGCAUUUGCAGUUGAGCAGUGUUAUUGUCCAGAAAGCCAUACAGGUUUGUCUUGUGAAGACUGUGCUCCAGGAUUCACUCGCUCUCAGGAGGGACUCUACCUUGGUCUGUGUGAACCCUGCCAAUGUUAUGGACAUUCAGGAAUCUGUGAUCCAGAGACUGGUGAGUGCCAGCACCACACAACAGGAGACAACUGUGAGCUGUGUGCUCCAGGGUAUUCAGGAGAUGCAACUCGAGGGACUCCAUACGAUUGCCAACUUGCACUGCCAUCCACAUGUAACUGUGAUCCAAGAGGAUCCAUAUCCAAUAGAUGUCCUGAUGGGAGACAGUGCCCCUGCAAAGAAAAUGUGCAAGGCUUGAGCUGUGACUGCUAUUCCAGCAAUCUACAUCGGGCACAGGUGUCUCUGGACAUGGAUCGAAUUGGAGAUUCCAGGCGUGUGGAUGUUGGAAUCACUCUUCGGCAAAGAGAGAAUGAAAGAGGUGCAAUUACUGAUGGCUUUGAGAUGAAUACACGAGAGGACCAGAUAACUUAUCGUUUCUCAGAUGAUACACACCAGGUCCUGUAUUGGUCCCUUCCUCCUGAGAUGAAGGGCAACAAGACUGUAACAAUUGAGUUGACUGAGAGAGGAGGCUGGCUGAAUAAGGCUGGCAACACCCCUGCAUCACGAGAUGAGCUCAUGCGAGCACUAGUGAAUGUGGAAACAUUCCUCAUUCGAGCCAUCUAUCAUUCUGAGACAUCCCUCACAUCUCUACAGAGUGUCACGAUUGAUAUUGCCAUGCCACAACAGACUGGCCAAGGCAGAGCAUUUGAUGUAGAGCAGUGUCGCUGUCCUGUGGGCUACAUGGGCAUGUCUUGUGAGCAUUGUGCUACAGGCUACUAUCGAGACAACAAUGACUUUGCAAAUGGAGGAACAUUUGGAGCUUGCAAGAAGUGUCCAUGCAAUGGCCAUGAGGAAUAUUGCAGCUUGAAUGAGUUUCGUCAGGUGAUCUGCACUUGUCGACCCCAGUUCACUGGCAGACAUUGUGAACAUUCAGGUGGAAUAGUCCUGGAGAUUUCUCCCCGAGUUGUUGAAUACCCAGUGGGAACAUCAGUUCAGUUUCACUGCAGUUAUGAGAGUGAUGUAGCUCUCAACUUGGAUUGGAAUGUACAGUCUAGCAAUGGAGCCAAACCGGAUGCCAUCGCUUCUGUCUCAUUGGCUGCUCCUGAGAAAUACUCAACUUCCAAAGAGAUCACAUUCAGUAUCAUCCUGCAGCCACAGAUGAAAUUUGUUGUAUGUUCAGCUCGAGACCUGUCUGGAAUCGAGGUGGCCCAAAGUUCCAAAGCAGAUCCCAAGAUCCAUGGGAGGAUUAAGGAGGAGGAAAAUGUCUCAAUGACAUUUGUCCCCUACACGUAUACUGUGCCAUCCCUCAGGGGUCCAUUUAUCACAUUGGGAAGCAUUUCUGAGGCCAUUCUGAACAGGCUUUCUAGGGAUGGUCUAGGAGUAUAUGAAAAUGCUAGCGCUUCAAUUACUGUCAAAAUCACAGAACCAUCCAUUGAGAUUGUUGAAGUUGGACAAAUUGUCACACUCACUUGCACUGCCUCAUCCAAGGAACCGAAAAAUCUCCAGUUGUCAUGGGCCCGAGAGGAUGGAUCAUUGCCCCCACGCAGGGCAACAGAUGAUGGACAAGGUGUUCUGAUUAUAACUGAUCUGAGAGUUUCUGAUUCUGGAGUUUAUGUUUGUUCAGCCACCGAUGGAGAGAAGAUUGCCAGAGAAAGAACAACCAUCACAGUAUCAGGCACAGGAAAAAGCCCCCCGAAGGUCACCAUUAGGCCAUCACUCCUUGAGGUGAAUGUGGGAGAAGUAGUAGAGUUCCAGUGUGAAGCUGAAGGAUAUCCACCUCCAAAAAUGGAAUGGACAAGAGGUCCAGGCCAUGCAGUGAAUCCUGAGUCUUCCUUUGUUGGUGGAUUGUUCCGAAUCACUUCUGUCAAGAAAUCAGAUGAGGGAGAAUAUUUUUGCUCUUCCAUUAAUGCUGAAGGGCAGGAUUCCAAACGCACCAUUCUUUAUGUCAAUGAACGUGAAACUGUUGAGACAAGCAUUCGACUAAACAUAUCACCAUCCUCAUAUGAGGGCCAAGCAGGAGACACAGUGAGAAUAUCAUGCCGUCCAUCCUCAUUUUCUGGUACCACAAGUGGAGUGGAACUGAAUUGGAGCAGGAGUGGAACUAGCUUACCUGCCUCUUCCUACCAGUCAAAUGGAGUGCUAACCAUCUAUAAUGCCAGUCCUUCAGACUCAGGUGUGUACAUCUGUGAAGCCACCUCUGGCAGGAGUGGAGGUCUGACACGUGCUGAGACACAUGUCACCAUCAUCCAAAAAAACCACCCACCAACUGUUCAGAUUGAACCAGAACGACAGACAGUGUCACAGGGGACAUCUGCCACCAUCACUUGCACUGCCAGUGGGGAUCCAAGACCAACCAUCACCUGGUCAAAAGUAGGAGAGGAUCUCCCCCCUAAUAUCAGGGUUGAGGGUGCCAUUUUGAGGAUCAUAAAUGCAAGUGUGCGAGACCGAGGCAUGUAUGUGUGCACAGCUGAAAAUGAAGGUGGAGUGGCCAAGACCUAUACUCUCUUGGAAGUUGAACGCCGUGAAGCUCCAGUGAUUGAGUUGUAUCCAGAGGCCCAACAGACUGUCAUCAAUGGUGGAAGUGCCCUAUUUCAAUGUCGUACUGUUGCUGGAAUCCCAACACCAAAGAUCUCUUGGAAUCGAUCCUCUGGACAAGCCAUCCCCAGUAAUGCUGAAGUGCUUGAGGGUGGAGUCAUCAGAUUCAAUCAGGUGACUGGAAUUGAAAGAGGACAGUACUCUUGCCGUGCUGAAAAUGAUGCUGGUUCCACAACAGCCAUUGCGACACUUAUUCGCCCAGAGAUCACCAUGACUCACUCAAAUCCUAUGACCGUGCGUGUUGGGGAACGAGUGCGCCUUGAGUGCAGAGGGAGUGGUGACCCAGAACCAGAAGUGUCUUGGUCACGAUUGGAUGGUGUACCCAUUUACUCAGGAAGAGAUUCAAGGCAGAUGGCCAUCUAUGAGAUCUCCCAGGCCACUCGCUCAGAUGAAGGCGUCUACACAUGCACAGCACGAAACCUGGCAGGUGUGACAGAGGAGCGGAUCCAGGUCAUUGUCCGAGAGGAAGACAUUUUCCAAGGUGGAUCCAAAGACCCAUACCCUCAGCCUCCAGACAGAACCCGACCACAAGGCAGACCUGAAAUUCAAGUGGAGAGGAAGGUUUUCACUAUACCUGAGGGGAACCGUGCUGACAUGAGGUGCACCAUUUAUGGAUAUGAUGGCCGCCUAUACAUUGACUGGACUCGAGCAGAUGGUGGAAGUAUGUCAACUCAACACUACAUCCAGGAUGGAACACUGACCAUUGAGAAAGUCAGACCAGAAGACUCUGGAGAAUACACAUGCUUGGGCAUCGAUCACACUGGGAGUGUCCUCUUCAGCUCCACAACCACACUUCAGGUCCUAUGUGAGUAUGAUCAUGUUUCAAUUGCUCUUAAGGCUUAUAAGUUCUCUACAACUCUACUUGUAUAUGUGCAGCUGAUGGAUUUUGUGGUGAGUUUGGCCAAUGCCCCACCCAUUGUUGAGCUGAUACCUCGAAAGCAAACAGUGAGACCUGGUGAUGAUGCCUCCAUCACAUGCAUUGCCCGAGGCCAGCAACCCAUAGACCUCAGUUGGUCUCGCGUUAAUGGGAUCCUUCAAAAUAACAUGAUUGUUCAGAGAGGGCAGCUGAGGUUCCAAGGGAUCCAAGUUUCAGAUGCUGGACGAUAUGUUUGCAAGGCCCAGAAUGCUGCUGGAUCAGCAGAAGGAAUUGCAGAAGUUGUUGUCAAUGAGAACGAGCCAGUCAUUGUAGCCCGACAGCGAGAGCAGACAGUGUUUGUUGGAUCUAGCAUUGAGCUGAAAUGUGAUGUCAAUGCACCAGCACUGAGUGUAAAAUGGAGUCGUGCAAAUGGGAACCUUCCUCCAUCAGCAUAUAUCAGAGGAAAUAUCCUUUCACUUGCUAAUGUACAGGUGGAAGAUGCUGGAAGGUACACCUGUGAAACUCAAGGUGCUUAUGGACCAGCCUCUGACUUUGUUGAACUCAAAGUUGAAUCAACAUCCCGUUUCUGUGCUCCAACCGAGUUCCAAUGCCGUUCUCGUGAUUGCAUCCCUGGAGAUCUUCGAUGCGAUGGCAAGGUCCAUUGUCCUGACUCCUCUGAUGAGGAGUAUUGCCUACCUGUUCGGGGUCCGUCCAUUCUUCCUUUCACUGUCCUAUCUUUGACCUUUGUCUUCAGAUUUGUUGCUGACUACUCUUUCUCUUUGUACUGUGCAAUUUCCAACGUCUGGACACACUUCAUCCAUGAUCAAGAGGGAAAUGGUGAUAAUUCUUUGAUCCCUCUUGCAGCCAUCUCAAACAUAGCUGUUCGCUUGGAACCAAAUCAAGAUGUUGUGCGACUUGGAGAUAACCUUGUUGUGGAGUGCCAGGUUUCAGGAGAUCCUUCAGCCAUUGUUACAUGGAACAAAGUUGAAUCUCCACUUGAAUCCAACAUUGAGGCCUUUGGCAGCACACUCAAGGUUAAAAAUGUGAAAUCAGAGAAUGGUGGACUGUAUCGCUGCUCUGUAACAACUCGAACUGGAACUUACACUGAAGAUUAUGUCCUUGCCAUUCAAGGUAUGACUUUCACUUCAUAUCUGAUCCCAAUUGUUUGUGCUAUUGUCAGUGUCACAGCCAGUGUCAGGGGUUACAAUCAAAGGGACAAUUUUCUCCUGACCUUAGCCAUUCCGGAAUUCCCAUUGGAUGCGGCUGCUCAAGCAGUGGAGACAAGAACAGCCCCAUAUGGUUCCACAGUGAUCAUGGACUGUAAGACAGACCUUGGAGCCCCUGUUUCAUAUUCAUGGUCCAAACAAGGUGGCAUUCUUCCACCUGAUGCUGUGGAGGAAGGCGAUACAUUGAAGAUUCCAGAUGUGCAUCCAGAGGAUGCUGGGACUUAUGUGUGCACAGCCAAAAAUCGGGACGUGACCAUUGAUAUUCCAACCAUCGUGAUUGUUACAGGGGUAGUGCCAUACUUCAAUCAGGCUCCCAACUCCUACAUAUCAUACCCAACCCUACCUGAUGCUUAUACAACAUUUGAUAUUGAGAUUUCAUUCCGCCCUGAAACCCCCAAUGGUCUGAUCCUGUACAAUGGCCAGAUGGCAAGGAAAGGAGACUUUAUCUCAUUUGGUCUGAAAGAUGGAUAUGCAGAGUUUCGCUUUGACGUUGGAUCCAGUCCAGCUGUGAUUCGCUCUGAACAUCCACUUGAAAUGGGACACUGGCACACAGUAAAACUAGCCAGAAAUCGCAAAAUUGGAUCAAUGGUGGUGGAUGGAAGAGGACCAUUCACAGGAACAAUUGAAGGACAAUUCUCAGGACUGGAUCUAGUUGAGCCACUCUACCUUGGUGGAUUCCAAGAUUUUAAUCAAAUCCACUAUCAGGCUGGCUUUAGCAAAGGAUUUGUUGGAUGCAUUAGUCGCCUGGUGAUGGGAAGCGUUAUUCCAGAGCUGAUGAGGGAUGCCAUUGUGACUGAAGGAGUCACAACAUGUGAAACUUGUGCUGAGAAUCCAUGCAAGAAUGGAGGGGUGUGCCAAGAAGCCUACCUCCCCCAAGGAUACAAGUGUCUUUGUCCCUUUGGAUUCCAUGGACCUGACUGCCAAGAAUGGGAAACUUGCUAUCCUGGUGCAUGUGGAGAAGGGAGAUGCAUGGAACGAGGAGGGAGCUUUGAGUGCCUAUGUCCUCUGGGCAAGACUGGACCCAAGUGUGAAAAGGAGAUCAAGAUCUAUGAACCAGCAUUUGCAGAUGAUUCCUUCAUUGCCUACAAGACACCCAAAGCUCUGAAGAAGCUAGACAUGUCAAUGACAUUGAAGCCAGUGGAGCUGGGAGAUGGGUUAAUCAUGUACUGUGCGCAAAGUGAAGAUGGACAGGGAGACUUCACAGCACUUGCCAUCAAGGAUGAACACAUUGAAUUCAUGUUUGACACUGGAUCAGGGCCAGCCAUCCUGAGGAGUGAAAGGUCAAUCAAGCCUAAUGAAUGGAUCAAUGUGACUAUGACAAGACACAUGAAAGAAGGAGCAUUAAUUUUGGAUGGGAAGGAGGAAGCAAGAGGCAAGAGUCCUGGCAGCACUCGUGGUCUCAAUCUCCGCACUCCUCUUUAUCUUGGAGGUGUGGACCCACAGAAGGUGAAAGUAGCCACACCUGUUGGAGUAUCAUCCAGUUUUAAGGGCUGCAUAUCAAAAUUGGACAUUCGAGGGAAGAGGAUGGACCUUGUGGGGUCAGUGAUGGAUUCAGCAAAUGUGGGUGACUGCUCAAAUGGAAAUCCAUGCUCACAAGACCCUUGUCUUCAUGGAGGCACCUGUAGGGCCUUGGAAGAUGAGUCCGGAGGCUACGAAUGCAUCUGCCACAAGGAAUACAGCGGAGUGAACUGUGAGAUCGAGAAGGAUAACAUUUGCCAGUCUCAGACUCCAUGUCAGAAUGGAGGAACUUGCAAUAGCACAUCCAAGAGCUAUACCUGUCUCUGCCCACUUGGCUUUGCUGGUUCCAACUGUGAAAAGAAUGUUGUGAUUCAGAGAAGCAUAUCAUUGAAUGGAAGAGGAUGGGUGGAGCUUCCUUUGAAGCUCCUUCCUCAUAUCACAUCUACAAUCAAAGAGACAAUCAGAAUUAAAUUUUCAACCAAAUCUGAUGGUGUCCUCCUCUGGCAUGGGCAGAAACCAGAGGAGGAUGGAGUUGGCAAAGACUUCAUCACUCUUGCAGUGAGGAAUGGGUACCUGAGUCUCCUGUAUGAGCUGGGGAGUGGUGAGGCAAACAUUACAUGGAGCAACGAGAGAGUUGAUGAUGGGGAAAGCCAUCUGGUUGUUGUGCAGCGCACAGGGAGGGAUGGCUCACUGAGUGUUGACCGAGGUGCUGAGGUAUAUGGCGAGUCCCAAGGGAACCUACAGAUGCUCAAUACUGAUGGCAAUAUCUUCCUUGGAGGGGUUCCUAACUUGAAGCAAAUGACUGGAGGGCGGUUCAGUGGGAACUUUGUGGGCUGCAUUCACUCCUUGGAGAUCCAGGACAAAGAACUGAACCUGGGGAAGGCCAGUUUACAAGGUGCAGGUGUAGAGCCCUGUGAAAGUGAGGAAGCUGAGGACAGACUGAAUGAGAUUGCAAAUUAGACCAAGAAUGAGUGCAGAGGGACUCGUAUAUGUGAAAUGUAGGGAUGGUGGUGAAAGGCUUUGAAAGGAAAAUACAAGAUCACGGAAAGCAGCAAUCACAGGUCGCCACCCACCAUCAUCCUUGAGGCCAUUCAUGUGCCUCCAAUACAUGUUUUCUUAUCCACUCAUUCUUGCUUGUAUUAUACUACCACACCUGUCCAAGGCACAAGACCUGGUGAUGCAGAGCGAAUCCUUCUCCCAGUGCCAACUUAUGCUUUUCAGCUUUCUUGUCUUGUGUCUGUGCCAAAAAAAAAACUUCUCUCUUUUGUUAUAUUUCCUAUAUGGUUUAUUGGUAAUAUUUUUCCAUCACUGCCAAAAGUGCACAUAUUCAGACAGAAUUCAUUGCUUGGUUUUUUAUUAGAAAAUUUUUUUCCUUCAUAUCAUGCAUUCGUGAGUCUUAGUGCAUGUGUGUGUAAGUAGUGUAUGACUGUAUCUUAUAGAGAGACUUGGUUUUUUCCAUGAAACCGGGUUACCUCACACUGACUGCCUCUCGGAAAUCUCCCCCACGUGUGAAGAAGAAGCAGUGAAUUGCUUCUGUCAUGUGAUCAGAUAUCCGAACCCAUAUCGAAGAAGUCCAGCCUCGAGAAUUAUCAUGUGUUCUUUCGUGUUGUGAUAGCUAUGUCUGUAGGUGCAGACUUGUGGAUGAGGAAAAUGGAAAAAAAAAUUAGCAGCCUGAUUCCUUGGUGCUAUAACUACUGCAUCUAUGUCCAGCUCUUUUCUUUUUUUCUUUGCCUAUCUCUCUUCUUUUAUUCUAUUUCCAUGCCUUUUUUUUCCUUGUCCCUGUUUGUGCCAUUAUCGAGAAAUUAAACAGGAGUCUCCAAAUCACCAA